GGCGGACAAGCAUAACGGCGCUAGUCCCACAGUGGGUCUAGUCUGCCGUCUAUCUUAUCGUCGGUUAGCAUUCAUCUUCUGGGCCAUGAAUGAUCCAGACAUUCCCUGGGCGCGGGGAAGCGCAUCUUCCGUCUCUUGGAGGCAAUUAAAAUCUUCUUCCCAAGACUUGAAUAUAUUCCAAGGGCUCGUCGUCCUGUCAUGACUCUGUCGUAUGGAAAGGGUACCAGGCCCAGAUACUCUGUGAUUGUCGCUUAAGCCCCGGCUUGGAUAGCACCAAAGGAUGGCUAUGUCCUUAAACGUAAACGCCAACACGGUCAAAGACUUCAGAGCACAGCAUCACAUUCGACUGUGUCCUGGAAGCGCCAUCGUCAGCACGUGUGCGAGUGGUAUUCAACAUUCCCAUGCCCCAAAGUCAAUUCCCUUGACAGUUUUUUUUUGGCCCAUCCAACAAGUGACACCUUGGUACCGUCCUUCCAAGCCCCUGGGGGUCCAACGCCAAUUAAGAUCCAAACACAUAGAACAAGACAGAACGCAAAGGUCUACCCACACAAACCCCGUGCCUCGGGGGCAACUCGCCACGUCGCAGGUACUCUGUACAGAAGCCUCCCAUGGCUUCGUAACAGCACACACAAAAGAAAACCAAGAAAACCAACAUUAUCCGAGGACUUAUCAGCCACGCAGAUCGAUGUCAGGAUCAAAAUGUAGCCUACUGGCUUUCGGGCCUUUGCAACACGUGUUUGGCCUCGUCAAAGCAUAUCCCUUAGAUAUGUUACACCGCGGCCAAGGCCAAUGCCAUUUGCUGCGGAAGAGGAUUACGAGAUGAAUCUCUCGCACAAUGCCAGAAAGAUGAAAAUGGAAGUGGUGGCACAAGAA